UCCAGUUCCAAAAGUUGCAGUGGAAAAAAAAAAUAAAAGCAAUCAAAAAUCAUUUAUUAAAAUAUUAAAACCAGCCAUCUAUAAAUACAGAUAUUGGCUGGAGGAAAAUUUGGAAAACUCAAAAACUAACCGCCCCCGCUCUCUAUGUGCCACCCUCCUCCCACCUCUCCAGUCUCCCCAGCCAGGAGAGGACAAAGUCUAUGUUGUGGGGUCACGGGUAACCAGAGAGACUUUGGGGGAAAGUUUUAAAGUGCAAGCAAAUAAAAGGUUGGGAGGUAAACCUGUUCCUGCCUCUUAUGAGUAGCCGACCCACAAGGUUACCUGUAAUCUGGUUAGCACCUUCUGGAGCAGAGACAACGCCGUCUGGGAGGGGACUGUGCCAUCUGCUCCAGAAGUGCCGUCACUUCAGGGCAGGACCAGGUUUCUGGGGAGCACUGAAAAGGGCCCUGGCAUCCUCCACAAAAAAGUGAUCACUACAGGAUCAACAGUUAUUUCCACUGAGGGCCUCUUGUACACAGAGCUGCUAAAGCCUAGGGAUGAGCCAGCCACCUCCUAGAUCACUAAGUGGAAUUGCAUAAGCAAAGAGAAGUGACUCAUGCCGAUCGGAGGAACUCAGCCCGACAGAAGAGUGAAUGUGAACACUGAUCUUCUACCGCUUGCAAAGCCUGAGCGGUUUUGCAUUAGGUACCGCAUGGAGCGAGCAAAAGUCAGAGGUGAAGGCCACGGUGUCUCUUGCAAUGCUGCAGAGAUGUCUAAGAACACUGUGGAGGGAACUGACCAUGGUAGAGAAGUGCCUGCAGAAAUUAAGUUGCCUAAAAGGAAAGUGAAAAUGAAAACUGGGAAAAUGGAAACUGGGAAAUUUUAAAUGAUGAAAGGAAAAAUGGUCCAGCAGAUAAAUAGAGGGAGAUGGAAGGACAGCACAGAAGCCAGCAUCAACCAGCGACGAAGCUGCAAGUGCUUCCACGCAAGCCAUGGCGUGCAUCUCUAUUCGAGCCUGGGGAGGCCUGUGGCAGAUCUGCCUGGUGGUGCUAUUAUCGGCUCAUGUCACAGCGCUGGACUGCAGCAACUUCAGAGACCUGCAAAAAGUGCUGAACAGGAACAGCAUGCAACUGCUGGGACAGGUGGCCGGAGCAUUUCCCGAGGAGUGUCUGGAGGUCCGGCCCACCUUCCGGUUCCCUGACAAGGUCCUGCGGUCCAAGGCUCCACAUAACGCCUGGAUGGCCACCUAUGAAAUCCUCCAGCAGCUCUUCAGUCUCUUUAAAAUGACUCUCCCCAAAACUGCCUGGGACACACACAGUGUGGAGAGGCUCCUAAAUGCGGUCCAUCUCCAGAUCAAGCGGCUCGAGACAUGUCCUCCUACAAAUGGGCUCUAUCCGAGCAGCCGAAACAAAGCUACGAAACUGAAGAAAUACUUCAGAAAGAUCGACGAUUUUCUCCGAGAGAAGAACUACAGCAAGUGUGCUUGGGAGGUGGUCCGAAUAGAAGCCAAGACCUGGUUUUACUAUCUGGACAAGCUCGAAAACAGGCUGUAAAACUAUGCACUGAACAUUUCACUGCCUCAGGGCUUUGCGUCAAGCAGAGAAGUAUGAGCAAGAAACUACUGACUGGAGCUUCAGCUUCAAUGCAGACUUUGGGACUUAGCAACUCUGCACGCACUUGACUUCAUUACUUGCCUGUAAAGUGAGUGCAGGUACCGCACUGACCUGGUGGGACCCUGUGGAAGUUAUCAGUCCAUAGUGCUGCGAAGAUGAAGAGCUACGACAGCGCUGAACUUUCCUUUACGUUACAUGUACAGAACAGUCUUUGCAAGUCAAGAAAUGACAGGAAUAUUUUUCUAAGUUAUUUAUUUAUUUUUGGUAUUGUUAACGUUCAUCCUGGCGUUUGUUAAA